UUUCGAUUAUCAGAAACGCGACUGGUAACGAUUAGAAAACAAUAAGCGAGGGCACUCUGCUGUCUGUACCCAUGUUGGACGGGAGAAGGUAACUUCGUGUUUCCUUGUUUUCCUGCUUUGUGAAAAUGAAAAGGUCUGCAUAAAACAACUUCCAGAUCGAUUUGUCUUCGUGAAUUCGCUGAACGAACAGAAUAGUCAACUCCACAACUUCGCCUGCUUUUCGUUAAUCCGCGGCAGCAUCGCCAUGGAUACAGACAGCACUACCAUAGAAGUCCACGGUGUUCCAAGUUAUUUUCCAGAAGAUCGAAUGAUUGACAAGCUGACGAUGCACUUCCUGCGGCCACGGAAUGGCGGCGGGGAGGUGCUGAGAGUGCUGUACUCCUCCCGGACUCCACGCCAGGCGUUUGUCAUUUUUGAGCGAUCAGAUGUGGCUGCCUGCGUCCUACAGAAGACCCAAAUUCUGGAGUUUGACGGGCAGUCUUUUCCCCUGAAGGUCAGCCGGGGGCAACUUGCUGAGGUGGACCUGCCUGUAAGGACCACGCUGGACCUGCGGAGGUUUCAGAACGAGGAGGCCGUGUUGUCCAUCCUCAGCAGGUACGGGUUUAAGGUGUCCCGGCAGAGCUCCCAACAGCUGCUUCUCGAGGGGACGUUCCUCAAGCUGAGCGCUGCCAGGGUCAAACUGGGGGAGCUGCUCUCCUCCGAAGGCCAAUCACACCGUCCCGGCACCCACUCCUCUGGGGUGGUGUCCAAACGGAGAGGCUCAUCGGGCGCAGACGCGCCGUACAGGCUGAAUGGGGCCGCGGUGCAUGCUGGGAGCUGGAGUCUUGACGAGGCCAAACCUUCACCGUCUCACUCUCCCGCCCCGCCCCGCCGCCCCUACGACACCCAGUCGGGCGGCUCGACGGCCAGCUUGACGACCAGCUUCCCGUUCGACUCCCUCCUGGGGAGGCUCUCCCCCAGCCCCCACCCCGACCGGGCGUCCUUCGGGGUGGACGCCAACGCGCUCCACUACGCCCGCUCCUUCCACGGGGACAGAGUGGAGGAGAUCCUGCAGGCCCACCACGUGGCCAUGGUGGUGGAGGACGGGGGGAGUGCGGGCGUCAGCACCAUCGUCCUCAGGGGCCACCAGGCCCCGUUGGCGGAGAAUAAGCUGACGAGGUUUCUCAUGGAGGUCCAGAGGGACCUCCGCACCCAGGAGAUCCCGCUGUCCUCCAUGAGCCCGGGGCAGCUGAGCCAGGUGGCCAAGCGCGCUCAGAUGCUCAGCGGCUGUUACAAGGUCCUGGUGCUGCAGGUGGGCAACAGCCUCCACUUGGUGGGCUCCUCCAGCGAGAGUUACGAGAUGAAGCAAAAGAUUCUGGCCGAUGAAGCGAGUCGGCCCUCGUCCGGGCGUGAGGAAGCGACGCAGGAGCGGGGCAGAUCGCCCAGGAGGAGCUCCUCGUUGCCUCGGCAACCCAGCAGGGAGAGGGUGAGAGACCUGAGAGACCUGGAGCCCAGCUCGGGUGCGGCUGCAGGGCACUCUGGGUAUUCGUCGGCGAAGUACGAAGAGCGGCCAGCAGGCAGGCAGUCCAGGCACGAGGCCCUGGGCGCGGUAUCCGCCCCGCCAGCAGUGCCGCGCAGGUUGAGGAGCUCCUCCGAGUCCCGUGCCAAGGUGAAGGAGGGCAGAGCCACGCCCGGGCAGGGAGACGCCGGCAGGCUGCCCCCUGCCGGUGCUCAGACCGCUAUGGUGAAAGUACAAUCCGUCAAAAGCAAAAAUUUCCCAUUUGUAAAACCUUUCCUAUCAGUGAAAUCAACAAAGGAUUUCUUCUGUAGAAAGAAGUCAGAUUUUGUUUAGUUGAGUGCGAAAAAUGACUGACGGAAAGAAGGAAAUGAAUCCAUCACGACAAUCCAUCCAGUAUCUAAGCUGCUGGUUCCCGGUGAGCGUUGUGGGGGCGCUGGAGCUUAUUCCAGCAUGCAUUUGACAAGAGGCAGGAAUACAACGUGGACAGGCCACCCAUCAUCCAUCUCAGGACCCCCGGCACUCUGAUGAACCUAAAAUGCAUGUGGGAGGAGACUGGCCUACCCAGAGUGAACCCACUCGGACACAGGGAGAACAUGCAAACUCCACACAGAGAGGCCCCGUUAAUAUCAAUCUGCUCUCUCCACUGUAGGUAAAAGAGCCAUCUUUGCUCUGCUUCAGUUCUGUUGCGUUAGACCUGCAAACAUAUGCACACCUGUCACCUGUAACAUGCAUCUUUAGUGUUUAGUGUACUCCAUUUGCUUUUAUAUCUGUUCAGAUUGUUACAAGAUUAUUUAGAUUGCACAAUAAUUAAUCUUUUAAUUUUGUUUUCCUAAAAUCACCACAAUUGGUUACCUGUAUCGUUGCUUGGAAUUAAAAGAUCUUUGUACAGUC